AUGGGUGACAGGGAGGAGGCUGAGCACACCGUGCCACGGACAGAGCUAGAGGAGAUUGCCAGAAAAAUUUCAGAUCUAAACAAAUGGAGAGAAAUUUUUAGUUUCCAUGGUUUGGAAAUCAGAAAUACAACUCAUCAGGGGCUGCGAAAGCUGCUAUUUGGAAACGUGUUCCACGUCUUCACCUGUGAAUGGGCAAAAGCGUACUUCAGGUUUCGCGAGCCGUACUCUGACCUUGCCUAUGCUUUGGAGGCAGAAAAGGGGGGAACAAGAGCCAUUCUGAUGGCUGUACAAGCACACAUCAUCAAAUACCUGCUCUUCGUAAGAAACACAGAAUACACUCACCUGGAAAGGCUGUGCCGGGUAAGCCGGCAGGAGCAAGGGGAGGCGCUGGCCGCGGCCCUGGCAGACACCCUGUGGGCAGCAGGAGGAGGUGGGAGAGCCGUGAUCUGCCUCGUCGCCGCGGCCGUCCACGUCGCGCCACGCGGAGACUACAAAGCCGACAACUUCACGGAAAGGAUCCAGCUGUUUGAGUUCUGUGAGAAAGCAGCAGCUCAGGAGUUCAUCUUUGACCAUAUAAAUUGUUUCAAAGGCGAAGGAAGUCAUGGAGUGAUCCUAUUUUUAUACAGUUUACUUUUCUCUAGGUCACUUGAAAGGGUCCAAGAAGAUUUAGACUGCACAGCAACUCCUCUGUUAAAAUUCAGUUUUGGAAACAUCACCUGUACGCAGGCCGUCCUCAGCCUCCUGCUAACGGGCCGAGCGAGCCCGCACGAGCGGGGCCCGGUGGGCUACCUGCGCUGGGGCAGGGCGCAGGCGGAGCGGCAGGCGUGCCCCAGGCUGCGGACACCCCGGCUGCCGGUCUGGCUGUGCAGCGUCGCCGGGAGGCACGGCGUUCUCUUCGGCACCGACGGCCUGCUCCUCUCCGACUGGAAAACGGAGAGAGUCUUCCACCUGUACUUCUACAACGGGCAGCGGGAGCAGACCAAAACAGCCCACCUAACGAUAGACACUCAUUCGCAUCCCUGGGAAGAGGACCGAAGUGGGGAGCCAAGCAGCCCAGGGAAGAGGCGUCCGUCCGUGGAGAUGGCAAUCAGGACCAAGUGGGCGGGCGCAACCGUCAGCUGGAACGGGACGGACCCCUUCUUCUGA